GGACCUUUUGGUAAUUUAUCACAAGAUCUGAGCAAAAAUUUGUACAAUUCUUUUGGAUUUUUGAGAGAUUGUUGGAGUAUCUUACUUGCCAUUGUCAAACAUAUGACGUUUUAACAGGGUCAAUGUCAACAAAAAUAAUAAUAAAAAAUCAAAAUAAAUCAUUAAUAUUAACAAUAUAAAAUGAUUAAAAAUUGUAAAUUUAUAUUUCGUAAUUUUGCAACAAGUAAUUUACAAAAAAUGGCAUUAAAAAAUUAUAAAAAAACAUUUGAUAAUCAUACUGCUGGAUUAAUAAUUAUUGGUGAUGAAAUUUUAAAGGCACAAGUAAAAGACACAAAUUCAAAUUUCAUGUGUUCACUACUUUACGAGUGUGGAGUCAAAGUUGAAAAAAUAUCAGUUAUAAAAGAUGACAUUGAUACAAUUGCAAAUGAAAUACAUGAAUUUUCUGAAAGAUACAAGUAUGUUAUAACAUCUGGUGGAAUUGGACCAACACAUGAUGACAUGACAUUUGAUGGAUUGGCCAAAGCAUUCAACGACACCUUGGAUUAUCAUCCUCGUCUCUUUGAAAUUAUUAAAAAAUUAUAUAAAACAGAUGACAAAUCUUCACCAGCUUUUAAAAUGGCAAAUAUACCUGCAAGUUCUGUAUUGAAUUUUGGAAAAAAUCAACAAACUGGAGAAUUAUUAACAUUUCCAUGUGUUAAUGUUGAAAAUGUUUAUGUCUUUCCAGGAUCACCAGUUUAUCUUGAGCCAUUAUUUAAAAGUUUAUACAAGGAAUUAUUUAAAACAUCACAGUCAUUUGUUAAAAGCGAGCUAUUUAUUGAUGCCAAGGAAGAAUUAUUUGCAGAUGCAUUAACAAAAGUGUCAAAAGAAUUUAAAGAUGUUGCAUUUGGUUCUUAUCCAGUAACUGAUCAAUGUUAUUACAAAGCUCGAGUAACAAUUGAAAGUAACAAUGAAAAUACAACGUCAAAAGCUAAAGAUAGAUUUUGCAGUCUUGUUUGUCAAAAAGUUUUUGUUAAUUAUGAUAAAUCACCAGAGAUUGACGCAGUUGAUAAAUUUUAUAAUCUCAUUAAAAGUUGUGAAUAUUCAGACAAUUAUACUGCUACAAUUCAAGAUAUUAAAGAAAUUUUUAGUGAACCAAGUGAAGUUGCAAUUGCAUUUGAUGGAAGUAUUGAAUCAACUGUUCUUAUUCAUCUUGCACAUGUUGCUCUUGAACAAUCGAAAUCAUCAGGCAAAAUUAAUGCAGUUGUAUUUCGAAAUGAAGAAUUUUAUCCAGAGACUGAUAAAUAUAUUGAAGAAAUUUCGAAUCGAUAUAAUUUGCAAAUUAAAAACUUGUCAAUGCCACUGAAAGAUGCUCUAGAAAAUCUCAAAACAUUGGACAAUAAAAAUAUAAAAAUAUUACUACUUGGCAUAAAAUCGAAGGACAAAACAACUGGUAUUUUCCAUAAACUUUAUUCUGAUUCAAAAUUACCAAUAUCCAUUGCAUGCCCAUUAAUCGGCUGGACAAGUGAAAAUUUAUGGGCACUUGCUAAAUCUCUGAGUCUUCCAUAUUGCCCAUUAUACGACAAAGGUUUCAGCUGUAUCGGUGAUAAAACCACAACAAAACCAGAUUCAAAAUUAAUAAUAGACAAAGUUGAAGGAAGAACAAUAUAUCUGCCAGCUUGGAAAUUACAAAAUUAAAUAAAAAAAAAUAUAAACAACAAACGAAAUAAUUUAAAUAUACAUUUAAUUUGAAAUACAGUUAAUUGAGUAUUUAAUCGUUAAUUGCCACAAAGCCUCCACCGACAAUAAUGAUAGAUGGAUGAAGCGUUCAGAACGAUUAUUGUAAUAAUCGUCAAUACACCAAAUAACAGGUUUUCGUGUAUUAAUUUUUUGGUUCUUAAUUUGACCUAAAACAAAAGUAAAAAAAAACGAAAAAAAAACAAUCAUAUAAAUAUGUUUUAUAUAAAUAAAUAAUAGAAAUAAAAAAAAUAAUCAUAAAAA